AUGCACCAGAGCUUGUAUCUAUUGUCGAGGUCGGUAUGGAAGGGUCCUAACAUUGUUCCGCUCCCAGUAAAAGAGGCUCUUGCGAAAGGUGCGCCAAUCAGAACUAACGCAAGAUCGGCUACAAUAUUGCCACAAUUUGUGGGCCUGAAGUUUCAGGUUCAUAAUGGAAAAGAAUAUGUGGCAUUUGAGGUUUCCGAAGAUAUGGUUGGAAGCAAGUUGGGCGAAUUUGUGCCUACGAGAAAGCGGUUUAGCUACACCCAAACUAAGAACAAAUAG